AUUUUCAAAAUGCUAUUUUUAAAAAAAUUCUUUUAAAUCGACUAAAAAGAUGUCCGACUUUUUGGCAUCCUCCAGGUUUGCUGUACAAACCGCCCAACAAGGGCCAGGUAAUUCGUCAGCUGAGGUGCCUGAAUUCACACUUUGGGAGAAACUCCUAGAGCGACGUUUUCAAAGAUCACUGGGAUUGCUGUGGGAUGGAGCUGUGGGGAGGAGCCAGGGAGGUUAGGUGCCUGCGGGGAGCCCCUAAGGGUGGAUUGGGCGUGGGGUGGGAGAGGAAGAGACGUCUCAAAGGGGGCUGCCACUGGGCGGGGGAUCGUUGGGGUAAAUGAUUUGUUGGGGGAAGAUCUAGCGUGUUUUAGACAGAUGCCUGUUAAAGGGGAGACCUGUGAACAUGAAGAUGGUCCUGAGACUUCUGACAGGAAUCCUAGACGCUGUUUUAGGCCACCGGAGAGACCAGUGUUGAGGGGAGAUCAGAACUGGACACAGAACCUUAACAUCAGCACUGGAAUGGCCAUAACUGGAGUUAUGUUACUUCUAAGAAGUGUUCGAGUGACAUCAAAAUUCACAAGUUCUUCAGAUAUUCCAGCAGAGUUUAUAAAAAGGAACGUUAAACUACGUGGACGAUUACGUCAAAUAACCGAAAAUGGUUUAGAAAUUGAACAUAUUCCUAUUACUUUGCCUAUUAUAUCUUCUUGGAAAAAGGAACCACGUGGUGCCUUGCUGGUUAAGCUGGCCGGAGUAGAACUCACGGACACUGGGAAGGUGUGGUUGCAGAAGGAGCUAAAACCUUCCCAGCUCCUGUGGUUCCAGCUUCUUGGAAGGGAGAAUUCAGCACUCUUUUGCUACCUGUUAGUGAACAAGGGUAGGUAUUUUAAUGUGAACCUGAAUGAAGAAAUUUUGAGAAGAGGCCUCGGUAAAACCGUUCUUGUUAAGGGCCUAGAUCAUGAUUCUAAAAUCUACUGGAGAAUUCACAGAAACUUGCUGAAAGCAGAAUUAACGGCCUUAAAAAAAGGUGAAGGAAUAUGGAAGGAAGAAUCUGAAAAAGAAAGUUACUUGGAAAAACUCAAAGGCUCCUGGAGAGAAUUAUGGAAGAAAGACAGUUAUUUUAAAGAUAUUGGAUCAAAUUUCAGCUUGAAAAAAGAAAGUCAUUAUGGCAAACUUAGAAGGGCUUACGAGACGUGGAAAGAAAACAUGAAUAACUACUCCUUAAUACUGAAGUUCAGAGAACUUCUGAGUCGCAUAUACUUUCGCAGAAAAGAGUGAAAUAUCCCCAGAAGCCUGGAGGCGACCUACUUUGAAAAGAGUAAAAUUUGUUAAUAUGUGGAUUUUUUCAUGGAGUUGAAAUAGAAGUUUCUGCAAAUGAUCAAAGUAAUAGCACCCUAGUGUAAAAUCACCACAAAGUUGUAGUAAAGCAAAAAGAAAGAUUUUAUUUGGUAUAUGUCCCCAGAGGCAAAAGUGGGAAAACUGACAAGCACGCUCGCUGCCAGAGCCAUGUCUGUCCAGGUCCAAGGAACGUUACGGAAUCAUCAGUAUAUAUUAACAUUACAAAUGGGUAAAAUCAUUAAAACUUCAGCGUUUCACAGAUUGGCUUAACAACUGCCCAGUCACCAUGAUUCUACAUUUUGAAUUGUCUUUCUUGAUAUUCAUUGGUAUAAGUUUUAGUACCAGCCAGGAGAGCCUUCGUCGGUCUGACAACUCUUACGAUUUACGAAAUGCUGAUAGAAGAAGAAAAGAGCAGAAAAUAUGUGGUCUUUUGUGCUGUGUGUUAAAGAUUUGUUUAUGGGAAAGUUUCCCUAAAAGGUAUUUUCCAAGAUUGUCCCAGCUAUUGUUUAUAUACCUAGGGGCCCAGUUGAUGUGUCCUUGUUGCUCCAGCUUGGUCACAUUCUUUACACUCAAGGACAGGGAAUAAUGGUCCCAGUUUUAACCCCUAAGCCAGUAUUUAAAUAUUGCAAAGAUGAUUACUAUAAAUGACAUAUCAGAAUUAACUUAAAUUGUGAUUAAUGUAAAUUUUAUAUGCAUUAAAGAAAAAUGAAAAAACUACCAAUUGAAGGUUUAAAUAUGUAGCGUGUUUAAAGAGUUUAACUAUUGAGUUAUUUUGGGCAGCCGCAUUUAAUUUUUGUUUAAAGAGAUUUCUUGUUUAUUUUUCUAGUUUUAUCAACUUUAAUUAUUUAUCAUGAAGGAACUCUUUAUAUUUCAUGUUUGAGACUACGUGUUCUCUCCCAACUACUUCCUAACUGCUGGUGAAUUGGAGCUGUGCUACAAAAGGUCACUUAGACCAUUAUUUCUACCUGUUGUUACCAAAAAAAAAAAAAAAAAAAGGCAGGCAGGGGACACUGAAGUGUUUGUGUAGUAUGAAAUUACAGACUCAAACUAAUAUUGUUCCAGGUUUACUUAUGUACAUAUGAUUGUAUUUUUUUUGUAUAUAGAAGAAAAAUAAGUGAUAUAUUUUUAGUUUAUUACUCUUACAAAUAAGAUCAUUGAAAUAUAUCUUGUUUUAGGAAUCUUUGGAUUAGUGGGAAAUACUUAUUUUUUUUUAAUUCUUAUUUUAUAUAAUUCUUGUCACAUAAAUAGACAUUGAACAAUUUGUUAAGUGAGUGAAUAAAGACUCCGAUUUGUUUUUAUUUUCCAGUUGCUGUGUUUGCUUCUAGUAUAGCAGAAUACAAUUUGCUAAAUUCACUUAACUAGUUCUACUGGUUGUUCUGGAGGUUCCUUGAGAUUGUCUGUGUAGACAAUCAUCAGAAAAUAGGGGCGUUCUGCAUCUUCCUUUCUGAUCUUUAUGCCUUUUUUUUUCUUGCCUUGUGUAAUCUGGUACAAUGUCGAGUAGAUGUGAUGAAAGGAGGUUAUCCUAGCUUUGUUCCCUUGGGGAAAGUGUUCAGUAUUUCACCAUUAAGUGUGAUUUAACUAUGAAGGUGUCCUUUGUCCAGUGAUGAGUUCCCUUCUAUUCCUACUUUGCUGAAGGUUUUGUUUUGUUUUCCUUUUUCUAUCAUGAAUGGUGUUGAAUUUUGGCAAAUGUUUUUUCCACCUCUGUUGAAAUGAUUAUAAGAUUUUCCUCCUUCGUUCUGUUAAUAUGGUGAAUUACAUUAAUUGAUAUUUGAGUAGUAAAUCAAUCUUGCAUUACUAGCAUGAAUCUCCCUUGGUCAUGAUAUAUUAUCUUUUUUGUUUAUACUAUUGAAUUUGAUCUACUAAUAUUUUGUAAGGAUUUUUGUGUCUGUAUUCAUGAGGAAUAUUGACUUCUGAUUUUUUCUUCUUUUUUUUUAAUAGUCUUUUUCUGGUUUAAGUAUUAAGCUUAUACCAGCAAUAUAAGUUGGCAGUAUGACUCUCGUAUUUUCUGAAAAAGUUUGUGAAAAUUAGCAUAGUUUGUUUUUUGAAUACUUGAUAGACUUCACUACUGAGGCCAUCUAGACCUGGAAUGUACUUUUGGCAAGGUUUUUAAUGAUGAUUUAAAUUUAUUUAAUAGUUAAAAGACUAUUCCUGUUUUCUGUUUCUUAUGUCAAUUUUGGUCAGCUGUAUUUAUCAAGAAAUUUGUCCAUUUCAUCUAAAUUAUCAAAUUUGUUGGCAUAGAGUUGUUCAUAAAAGAGUUAUUCAUAGUAUUAUUGUUCUUUUGAUAUUUUUUGUUUGCCCCUUUUUCAUUGAUGAUUAUGUAUUCUCUGUUUUUUUCUCUAUCAGUUUUUUUUUUUUUUAUCAGUCAAGCCAGAGGUUUGUCAAUUUUAUCUUUUCAAAAGAACCGUCUGGCUUCGUUUUUUCUAGUGUCCAUCGGUUUUUUAUUUUGUUGAUUUCUGCUCUUAGGUUUACUGUUUUCUUCCUUUGACUUAAUUCAUGAUUCCUUUGCUCUAUUUUUUCUUGGUUCUUAAUUGGGAGCCCUGGUGGCACAGUGGUUAAGUGUUCGGCUGCCCUACAAAAGGUCAGCAGUUUGAGUCCACCAGCCGCUCCUUAGAAACCCUGUUGGGCAGUUCUGCUCUGUCCUCUAGGGUCCUUGAAACCCUGUUGGGCAUUUCUGCUCUGUCCUGUAGGGUUGUUGAGUCAGAAUCAACUGGACAGCAAUGGGUUUGGUUUUUUGGUUUAAUGCGGAGCCUCUGGAGGUUGAUUUUAGACCUUUGUUCUUUUCUAACGUAGCUGUUAAGCCAUUAUUUUCUUCUAAACAUUGCUGCAUCCUGUACAUUUUGGUAUGUUGUGUUUUCAUUCAGUACAAAAUAUUUUCUAGUUUUCCUUGUGAUUUCAUAUUUGGCCUGUGAAUUGUUUAAAAGUGUAUUAAUUUCCAAAUAUAUAGUUCUUUUUUCCUAGGUAUCUUAUUAUCGAUUUCUAAUUUAAUUUAAGUAAGCAGCUUUGUUUCUCAAUUUCUUGUUAUGUAAGAUGGUAAAUGUCUUUAUUUUUAAAACCAGUUUGAGUUUUAAAAAUCUGAUCUGACAUAAACACACACUUGCAGCUAAAAUCAUCCUUACGGUACAGGCUCGUUUCAUCAGAUCAGCAAUAAUCCACCAAUACCCAGGCCGUCGUUUUUGAAUGUAUUUCUCUCAAACAAAAUUUCUAAAGGAUUGGGGUUUUUUGUUUAUGUUUUUUUCCUUUUGUAAUCUAUUUUUUUUAAUUCAUAUUUACUUUUUUGGGUUUUAUUAAUUUUUUAAAUUCUCAAUCGUAUUUCUUAUAUAUGAAGUGUUGAUAGCAGCACCAGCCUUCUCAUAAUAAAUGGUGAGCAAAACUUAGAAGAAGGAUGAAAACUGUGCCUAUAAAUAUGACGAACACUAUCAUUAUUUGGCUGCUAAAGGCACGUCCUAGCAGUAUCCAGAGCGGGAAAAUGACUCCUUACAUUCUGCUUUCUGUUUUUUGUCCUAAUAUUUCUGUUGACUCCAUUCCUAAGGCAGGUAUCCAAAUACUGGCUUUUUUCUUUGACACAUUUGGGCAUAGUUAUUGCUCCAUGAAGAAUCCCUAGGGGCUCCCCAUUACUGUCCCUGGCUAGGGAAGUCCUUACCUCAUUUCUUUCCCCACCUCGUUACCUCCCAAGGCAGUCUAGUCCACAGCCCCUUGCUGCUAGACCCUACCAUCUAGGAUAGCAAGUGCACAAGGUGAGUUUGCUUGUGGAAGGGGGCUGGGCUUCAUCACUCCAUUUACUGUUUUCAUGCAAAUAACGCGUCUUCUACAUUUGUUUGCCAACUUCUCCCUCCCCCAGAAAGUAUUUUCAUGAGGGAACUAUGCUAAUUUUUUAUAGCAACACUUAAAACAAUUGGCAUAGCAGUUAUGAAAAUACCUUGUGGGGGAGUGAGCAGUUGGCAGAGAAUGUGCAUGUUAUUUGCAUAAAAAUACGGUAAUCAUGGGAGAGGGGGGAUUAGCAAAUCUACUUAAGUCCUGCAAUUUCCAUCAUGCCAGUACAAAUUAGGGGAACUCCUGUUCCUCACCUAAGUGAUGCUAAUGUAGGCUGUCCUCCGGGCACUUGGCUUUUGCUGUUUCUAGCAUGCCCCUUGGAAACCCUGGUGAUGUAGUGGCUAAGUGCUACGGCUGCUAACCAAAGGGUCGGCAGUUCGAAUCCACCAGGAGCUCCUUGGAAACUCUGUGGGGCAGUUCUACUCUGUCCUGUAGGGUCGCUAUGGGUCGGAAUCGACUCGACGGCACUGGGUUCUGGGAGCAUGCCCCUUUCCCCUUGUCCCAGGAAAAUGGGGUUCAUUGGCAGCAGAUUUCAGAAAAGAGGCAAUCACCACAUUCCAACUUGGUGGAGACAGGAAACGUGGUACCCUCAGUCUUGAGAAAGGGGAGUGAAGUGCUAAUGUCAAAUCUUCUCAUGUGAAGGGAUUGUUGCUUCGUAAACUUAACUUCCUAACUCCUGCUUACUCCCACUCCUACCUCUUGGUCAUAAAACUUUCCAAGCUUGACCUUUCCCACCACUGGGAAAACCGGAGGUCGGUCUCCAGCCGAAGAUAUCAUGUUUUUAAAAUGUGUUUCUAAGGAAAAUUCGAGGUAUGGAUCCCACAGUGAUGCCCUCUCUGUUGUUCCUCCCUGUCUGUAAUUUCCCGAGGUCAGUGAGGAUCCCAGUUAGUACCUCAUGCCAGCCUGGCAUACUUGCAAAACCUGCUUUAGGAGAAUUAACUAUCCGGCAGGCAGAUAACGUUGUGCCAAGAGUUUUAUCCUCUUCUGAAUUUCUCCAGCAUUAUUUGGUUCCUCAUCAAGAUGAGGUCUGCAGCUUGGAAAUAACAGUCACUCCCUGGGAUAACACAGCCUGCUAUUAAAAAAAAAAAACUUUGUCCCUGAGUCAAUUGUAACUCAUAGGGACCCAGUGGGACAGAGUAGAAACUGCCCCGUAGGGUUUCCGAGGAGCAGCUGCUGGAUUUGAACUGCCAACUUUUUGGUUAGCAACUGAGCUCUUGGCCACUGCACCACCAGGGCUCCUCAUGUGCUAUAGAGGGGUAUAUUGUUGGCACUGUCCCAAAUCCAGUGGUGGUAUGUGCAAGUACUAUGGAUUGAAUUGUGUACCCAAAAAAUAUGUUGUCAAUCCUAACUUCUAUGCCUGGAACAGGUUUUCUUUGUUAUGUUAAUGAGGCAAUAUUAGUGUAGGGUGUGUCUUAAGUCAAUCCCUUUUGAGAUACAAAAGAGACUGAAAAAGCAAGUGAGCAAGCAGAGAUGGGGUAAGAGAGAUGCAAACUACAUGAAGAUCGCCCGGGAGUGGAAGCUCAAGGAGACAAGGACCUUCCUCCAGAGCUGACCAGAGAAGAGUGCCUUCCUCUAGAACCAGCACUCUGAAUACAGACUUCUAGCCUCUUAAAUUGUGAGAAAAUAAAUAUCUGUUUGUUAAAGCCACCCACUUGUGGUAUUUGUGUUAUAGCAGCAUUAGAUAACUAAGACAGACAACUUUGAUUUUCAUAAAGAGACUAGACGUUUCUGGAAGCCAACAGCAGCGUUUCAGAAGUUCAGGGCACCAGCAGAGUCAUUAUUGCUUAUCCCACAUGGAAAGGGAUGGUAGAUGUGUAGAGGAACAGCUGCUGCUUCUGGGAUAACUGAGGAGGAGACGGUUUCCAGGCUCUGUGGUUAGCGGCUUCUCUAAUGCCACUACCAGGGCAGCUAUUUCCAUAAAGGUAAAUCAUGGGGAGAGAGUAAUGAAAAUUUACAAAAAGAGCAAAAAAAAAAAAAAAAAAAGAUUAAAAGUUAAAAUGCUUAACACCUGCUCUGACUAGGAUCACGAAAGAGGGUGCUGGACAGAGGAGGAGAAACAUAUAGAACAAAAAAUCAAAUUAAUAAAAACAGACCAGACUUAUUGGCCUGAUAGAGACUGGACAAACCCCCACGAUUAAGACACCCCUCUGACUUGGAACUGCAGCCAUGCCUGGAAACAACCUUCCAGCCAAGCAAUAGACAUGCCUAUAAAAUAACACCGAAAAAUAACGUGCUCCAUGGAAGGAUUUUAUGAGAACAAAAGGGCAACAUUUGCCCAAAAGUAAAGAUGAGAAGGCAGGAAUGGGUAGGAAAACCAGAUGAAAGAAAAUGGGGAACCCAGAGUGGAAAUGGGGAGAGUGCUGACAUGGUGUGGGGAUUGCAACCAACACUAUGGAACACUUCGUGUACAAUUUCUUGAAUGGGAAACUAAUUUUAGAAAAUGGUUAAAAAUAAAUUUAAAGGUAAAAUAGUAAAAAAAAAGUCUAAAAAAAUGAACCAAUGAUACUUUUCAUUUCAAGAUGGCCACUUGAGCUCAUUUAACUCCCAUCCGGCCUCUUAAAAUUACAUUGAAAUACCAAAUAAAUAUUAAAAUAGAAAAAAAUGGUAUCAACGAUGGAAAACGGGGAGGUGCCGUUACUUAGCUAGGCAGUUCGAAGUUCUGCAAACUCUGAUGAAGUGGUAUUGGACUGAGAUGCCGCUCAUUCUAGGGCUCAGCACAGGAAGAAAGGCAGGCUUUGUUUAGGUCUUAAGUCAGUGGGAUUACUCAAUAAAGUUCUUAAAAGUCCCUCUCCUUGCUUGAUGUCUGAGUGAUGUGCAUGCCUUUUGCUUGGGUCCAGAGGUCGCUCCUCAUGACCUGGAAGCUAAGGUCAGAUGUCAGUGCACUCAAUAUACAAUGUGGAGGGAAAAUAGGAUGUCACUGGUUUAUCUCAUGUCUUACCCUGCUGGACAGAGCUAUGAUGACUCCCUGUCCUGGAAGUAUGCGAGCUUCUCAGUCGGCCCCUGGGGUGGCCCAGCUGUGUUCUCUGGGAAGAUGGCCUUUAUCUCCAUGACUGCAUCUAAAGUAGACAUUCGAGAGGAUCCACCCUGAGAGCUGGGUGGCCUUAGGAGCCCCUUUCUAUUGAUGUGGGUUGAGAAGCCCAAGAAUGGCCACAGGUUUGAGCAAUCAGAGGCUUCCCCCCCGCCCCCAGAGAUACGAUCAUUCAUACUCCUUAAAUCUGGAUAUGAGACGAGGAGCAGGAGUGUCUUAGUAACAGGCUGUGCAUAUUCCGGUAGCCGUCAGCAAAGACUUCAUCAUGGUCUCUGCCUCAGAGAAAUGUGUAAGUGUACCCCAGAGUAGCUGCUGCUUGUUGUGAGCCGUCAAGUCGAUUCUGACUCAUAGCGACCCUAUAGGACAGAGCAGAGCUGCCCCAUAGGGUUUCCAAGGCUGUAAAUCUGUAUGGAAGCCAACUGCCACAUCUUUCUCCCGCGGAGCCACUGGCGGGUUCCAACCGCCAACCUUUCAGUUAGUAGCCACACAAUCACUGUGCCACCAGGCCUUCUUCCUGAGUAGCUAGCUAGUCGCAGCCUUAAAACCUAUGAAACCCCAUACAGCUUUGAGAUCUGCUUAUUACUGGGCAGGAUACUCGCACAUGGUGUCCUGGUGACCACACUUGGUUCUAUUCUGAGCACGACUGCUUUGCUUUUUUCAUUUUCACUGGACACAGCAGUGUUUUCAAGCUACAAGCUGUGACCUAUUAAAAAAAAAAAAAGACCUAUUAGAUUAGUGAGAUGUAAAAUCAAUUUAAUGGGCCACUAUUUUUUUUUAUAUAAGCAGUAAAAUAAAACCAAAACCAAAGCCGUUGCUGUGUCGUCGAUUCCGACUCAUAGCAACCCCCGUAGGACAAAGUAGAACUGCUCCUUAGGGUUUCCAAGAGCGGCUGGUGGAUUUGAACUGCCGACCUUUCGGUUUCCAGCCGAGCUCUUAACCACUGUGCCACCAGUUGUUGUUAUGUGCUGUCGAGUCGGUUCCGACUCAUAGUGACCCUGUGCACAACAGAACAAAACGCUGCCUGGU